CUCGGAAAGUGGCCCACGACGUCACUUCCGACGGAAGGCCGGAAACCAGGCUCUCAGUUCCCGCGAUAACGAGGAAGACCACGCGAUUCUCAGUGGGACUUGUAGUUUUUCCUUUCCUGUUUUAGGGGCUGUCCUUCCAGUCUACAACUCACACCCACCUCGGACUGGAUUGGGAUAUCUGGGUGCGUGUUGGAAUGGGCGGGUCUGUUCUUAAUCUCGGCCUCGAGAGUGUAUCAUAGUAGGGGGCGGGGAGGUGGAUGGUAUCUCUUUUUUUUUUUUUUUUUGCUCCAAGGACAGGUCCUAAAGAGACGCAGUAGUCCCUCUCCCCUUUGGGGGCCAGGGAGGGGACCGGGUUGUGUCCGCCAUGUUGGUGAAGGCAAAGGAAGGCGACUGGCGCUGCGGGACUGACGGCUCUGCGGGCUCAAGUCGGCCAUAUUCAUAGAGGGAAGGUGGAUCCCUACCCCCGACACACACACAUCCGCGCCCCUGCUGCCCACCCCGCCCCGCGACUCUGCUCGGCGGGCCUUUCCCCUGCCUCGCUGGCCCCGCGUAGCCGUCAGCGCCUCAGGACGGGCUCACGACGGCGCCGAAUGAGGGGGGAAGGGACAUGCCGACCAAUUGCGCCGCGGCGGGCUGUGCCACUACCUACAACAAGCACAUUAACAUCAGCUUCCACAGGUUUCCUUUGGAUCCUAAAAGAAGAAAAGAAUGGGUUCGCCUGGUUAGGCGCAAAAAUUUUGUGCCAGGAAAACACACUUUUCUUUGUUCAAAGCACUUUGAAGCCUCCUGUUUUGACCUAACAGGACAAACUCGACGACUUAAAAUGGAUGCUGUUCCAACCAUUUUUGAUUUUUGUACCCAUAUAAAGUCUAUGAAACUCAAGUCACGGAAUCUUCUGAAGAAAAGUAACAGUUGUACUCCAACCGGACCUUCUAAUUUAAAAUCAAAUAUUAAUAGUCAACAAGUGCUACUUGAACACAGUUAUGCCUUUAGGAAUCCUAUGGAGGCAAAAAAGAGGAUAAUUAAACUGGAAAAAGAAAUAGCAAGUUUAAGAAGGAAAAUGAAAACUUGCCUACAAAAAGAACGCAGAGCAACUCGAAGAUGGAUCAAAGCCACUUGCUUGGUGAAGAAUCUAGAAGCAAAUAACAUAUUACCUAAAGGCACAUCUGAACACAUUUUACCAACUGCCUUAAGCAGUCUUCCUUUGGAGGAUUUCAAGAUUCUUGAACAAGACCAACAAGAGAAAACAUUACCGAUUCUCUAAAUAUAAACCAGAUCAAGAGUGCUUUUAUUUAAGGUUAGCCUGCACACAAAAAGAAAAAAAAAGAUUAGCUUGCAUCGAUCUUGAUGCCCAUCAUUUAUUCUAUUCAAAGGUAAAGAUAUUUAAGGAAAUAAUGCCAAAAUUGGGUAUUUAAUAAAGUUUUACUUGAAGUAACGUUCUUACUGUAUAACUUAUGAAGACUUGAUUACAAAAAUAGAAAACUUUAUGAAACUUAUUUGAAAAAGCAUGGAAGUGCCUUACAUGAGAAUUGCAUACAUUAAAAAUUUGCUAGGAAGUUUUGCAAGAUGUGUUUUUGCCUUUUUAAACAACUUUUGAAGAACAGUCUAUAACAAGUAAUGUGUUUAAUUUAUAUUAGAAAAAAAUGUUUUUGUGUACCAAAGUUGAGACAUUACAUUCUAAGUAAGGUAAGUAGGAGUUAACCAAUAUUAAAUAUGACUUUAAAACUGCUGGGGUUUGUAUUAAAUUAUUACUGACACUGUGAUUUGGAAACUUUACAGAAAAAAAGCCUGAGGUGCAGGGCAAGUUCUUUUAUUUAAACUUUCUAUAUCUUUUUAACAGUAAAAGUGAGCUAAUCAUAAUCUCCCUCAUAAGAAUAUUAUCUUUUAAAAUGGAUUGUAAAAUAUUUUGAAAAUAUUUUAAAUAUGAAGUACCCUUGAGUCAUCCAAGCUAGUAAGGACUCAAGUACCUCAGACUAGUAAAAACUGGUAGCUGGUUAUAUUAACCUUCUAAGAAAAUAUGUUGUGAAAUAAUGCAGAGAUCAGGAUCUAACUUUUACCUUUAACAAAAAGGUAACUGUAUACUACUCUUUUACUAAAAAAAAAUUUUUUUUAAUUUCAAAAUUGAUGCAUUAGUAAGCAAAUAUGCUACCAGUUCCGUUAGAAAACUCCCUCUGCCUUCAUGUAUGUUGAUACCAAAACUUUUAAGCUUUCCCUACCCCCAAAAACCUACAGUAGAAUUUAAUCAUAAAACAGUACUUACUAUAUUAUAUCUUUACAACUUAUAACUUAAAAUGGAAUCCGUUUUUCUUACACAUCAGCUUGCUUUUUAUUUCCUUUCUUAGUAAGAGUAGAAUAGAACAACCGUACUGCAUAAGGGAAAUAAAAUGUACUUCUCUACAAAAACACGUGUCUGUGAAAAAAGCUAUGCAAGUGCUAAUUAUUUUACAAAAUAGAAUAUCAGAACUAUUCUUAUAGUCGCCACUUGAACAAUUAAAGAGUUUGCCUUACUUCACCAGAUAAAUGUUUAAUAAGAACACUUCAAAUAGUUUUGAUCAAAUCCAGCAAAAAUUUACUAAUGUAUCAUGAUGUAUCAUGAAGUUAUUUAAUCCUGAUUCAAGCUUUCUGACACCACCAUAUAAAAGUAACAUACACCUAAUCGUAAAUUGCUAUAGGAAAGCCUAUAAAGUAAAUGCUACUUGAUGAUUUAAAAAAAAAAAUACUUCCUCCCUCCCUCCUUCCCCCCCCAACUGUUUAGAUUGCUGGGUUGUUGUUCUUUUUAUUUUAUUGAUGGGUGUGAGAGAGAGAGCCAUCGAUUUGUUGUUUCACUUAUUUAUGCAUUCAUUGGUUGAUUCUUAUAUGUGCCCUGACCAGGGAUUGAACCCCGCAACCUUGGUGUAUCAGGACGACACUCGAACCAACUGAGCUACCUGGCCAGAGCUUAGACUGCUGUUUUGCUUUGAUCCUAGCAACAGUCUUUUUAUAUUAUUGACACCCUCUUUUAAUAAGGAAUGCCUCCCAAGCAACUAGAUUUCACAAAGGCAAGGGUAGGAAAGUCUGUUUUAAUUGUAAGGCACUUACAACAAAUAUUUAUGAAAAUCCUUUUGUGUAUACAGGGUGGGGCAAAAGUAGGUUCACAGUUGUGAGUACAUGAAGCAGAGUUCUUAUUUAUUAAUUAUUGUAUUAUUUUCCAUAUGAACAACUAUAAACCUACUUUUGCUCCACCCUGUAUUGUAAACCUUGUUAGUCAUUUUAUCAUAAAUAUUAUAUUCAGCUCCAUGUUGUUGUUUUUUCUAAUAUGGCUUCAAAUUAUCUUUUUACCAAUACCUAGUCAAUAUUCAUCAGCAAACACUUAUUGACCAUAUCUACUUUAUACCUCAAAGUAAGUUAGAUAAAUAAUCAUUUAAACAUAAACUAUGCUUUCCAAAUACAGAUUCUCAUAUAGUUCACCACCUCUCCCCAAAACAAACACUAAUGUAGACUGAUUCCCAUUUACAAUAAUAACUUGCUAUCUUAAUAUAACAUUUUAAAAGUCACAAAAAUAGACCAUUAUGAAAUACAACAACCUUUCAGCAAUCUCCAUUAUUAUUUGAGACCACUAAAUAAACUGCCACUGAGUAAUUUUAAAGUGAAAAAUUUUUGGUAUUUUCCCUAUGUAAUUUUCAUGUUACUGUUCUGAUAACAUGUUCCAAACUCUCUACAUCAGGUUCUUUCAUUAACACACAUCUGUCUACCUUAAAAAUAGCCUUAUUCAUAGAAUAAAAUCUAAAAAGAAACUUAAAAUUCUAUUUUUAGUUUAUUGAUAAACAUCACUUUGACCAUAUACUAUAAACUAAUCAGAAUUAUACUAGCUCUUUUUCCUCUGCUGGACACAACACAUAUCCUCUGUUCAUUCAUUCUAUAUAUACUCUGUUCACUAACCUCUACAAAGAACCAGCCAAGCCUGGCAGGUAUGGCUCAGAAGUUGAAUCUCAGUCUAUGAACCAGGAGGUCAUGGUUCGAUUCCCGGUCAAGGCACAUGCCCGGGUUGUGGUUUUGAUCCCCACUGUGGGGCGUGCAGGAGGCAUCUGAUCAAUUAUUCUCUCUCAUCAUUGAUGUUUCUACCUCUCCCUCUUCCUCUCUGAAAUCAAUAAAAAUAAAAAUAUAUUUUAAAAAAAGAACCAGCCAAAGGCUAUAGUGACUUGAUAUAAAGAUGAAUCUAGCCUGCCCAGUGUGGCUCAGCUGGUUGAGUGUCAUUCCUUGCACCAAGAAGUCACUAAUUUGAUUCCCAGUCAGGGCACAUGCCCAGUUUGUAGGCUUGAUCCCCAAUGGUGGUAUGCAGGAAUCAGUCAGUCAAUCUCAUCAAUGUGUCUAUCCCUCUCCUCCCUCUAAAAACAAAUCAAUAAAAACAUUUUAAAAAUAAGUAAAAUGCUUUAAAAAAAAUUAGAUGAAUCUGACUCAAUUUUUUACCCUUAAGUUGCUCAGUCUCCUGAGAGAGAAAAAAAAUAUUUAUUAUACAACAUGAUAAAUGCUAUAAAGGACAUAUGUGUGAAGUACUUUGGUAAAUUGUGUUGAAUUGGAAUUUAAUGAGAAUAUAAACUUUAGACCUUCUUAUGAAACUAGAGGCCCGAUGCACGAAAUUUGUGCAAGGGGCUCGGCCCUCGCAGCCCCGGUUGCCUUGGACAGCCUGCGUACCCCUGGCCAGCCCUCACCACCCCAGCUUCGUCCAGAAGGUCAUCUGGAAGGACGCCGGAAGGUCGUCUGGCUGUUCGGUCUAAUUAGCAUAUUAAUUCUUUAUUAUAUAGGAUACUUCUCUUUUGAAACAGAGAUUUCUUAUGACUUAACCAAAGGAAGUAAAAGGACACUAAUGUUGACCUGAAUUACAUAGUGGUUUUUUUUUAAUGAGUUGUAAGAUAUUUUUCCCUUUAAAAUGAACAGUGAACAAAUUUGUUGUUAAUGGUAUCUUUGUUAACAGUAAAUAUAACUAAAUAAAAUACUACAUCAAAGCCAA